GGGCCCGGUGUCACGGCGGUGCGCGUGCGAGGUAACGCGGCCGCGGGAGCCCCGGCCCUGCCCGGCGCCAGCGCCGCCGUUCCUGCGGCGUGCUCCGAGCCGCUGCGGAGCCGCCGAAAGAGCUCUGUCUUCGUGUACUGUCCCGCCCUGCUGGGCAGCGCCCCCAGGGCCAGCGGGAAGUGAUUCCGAAAGCCAGCGGCUUGUCCCCGGCACCGGGAGAGCGAGCGCCCGCGGGUGUGGCGGGAGGGCGGCUGUCCCGUGGGAUGGCAGGCAGGCUGGGGCAGGCUGGCGGGUGGGAUCCCGUUACCCGCUGCUGAAAGUCUGCAGGGACCCUCCAGAGCCCUGGCGGGAGACGCGUGUGCUUGGGGAAAGGUCCUUAAGGAAAAGACUCUGCUUCCCGGCAGAGCUGGCAGAUGUGUGAUCUUGUGCAGUUUCUCCAGGACUGUUUCCACUGGUAGAAUGUCAUCGGAUCCCUUACUUUGAGUUGGCGUUUCAAAUCUGUUCAUGAGACAUUAGCAGAAAUGAAUAAUAAAAUAAGUUAUUUGUUAAAUACUGUCAGAUGUGUGCAUAGGUACAGUUCCGUGCUCACUCCCAAAUCUUCAGCCACAACAAGAAAACACAUUUUGUGGAUUGGCAGAUACAGGGAUCCCUUAGGAAAUGUGAACUUCAGGAAAUUACUUUUAAAUAUUUUGCCUUCUCUGCAUGGAUCAUCUCUUCGAUUUGUAUCUCAAAAGACAGAUGUUUGUAGCACAGGUGCAGAGGCUUUGGUGAGCGAGAAGGCUUCCCAGAGCUCAUUGGAAGUUGAAAAGUUGGAUGAUGCUGGGAGCUUCAAAGCGAAGCGUGCAGUGGAUCACAGUGACCCGUUCUUUACCAGCCUCCAGAAGUGCUCCUGUCCUUGCGACGCGCUGGACCUGGCUGCAGAGGCGGCUGUUUCCAUCAAGCACUACACAAACGCUCUGACCAUGGCCUGGAGGCUCUACAAGAACCUGUCGGAGGAGCAGCAGCGCUACGAGAGGCAGCUGAUCUUCGAGCACCCGGCUUUCGUGAAGCUGUGCCAGCAGCUGCUGCGCGACGCGCGCAGGAUGACGCGCGGGGACCUGGUGUUCAGCCUGCACGCCCUGGUGAACCUCGGCGUGCCGCAGAACACGCUCCUGCUGCAGACCCUGGUGAGGGUGUGCCAGGAGAAGCUCAAUCAACUUGAUAACCGAUGUAUCUCAGUUUUGGCAACUACUUUAGCAGGGAUGGAUAAAGACAAGAAUGUGAGCGCUCUUCAAGCUGGAUUACAGUUACUAGUGGAGCAGCGCAUUUCAAGCAUCAGAGACAUCUUUAUUCUGCAAAACCUGAUGAAAUGCCUGGGAAAAGAUGCUCCAGUUUUUCUGAAAAAGAAAUUAGAGAUGGCAGUUCUGAGAGAAAUAGAUGGUUUGACUUUUCCGAAUGCGCUGCGUAUGUUUUUGGCUCUUGCUGCAAUGAAUUAUUGUUCUCUUCCAAUCCUGAAUCCCUGCAGUAAAAAGAUCCAGGAAAAUGUCCAUGAUGUUCCAUUUCGGCAGUUAAUUCUCAUUCUGGAAGCUUGUCACACUGUCCAGUACCGUAAUGUGAAACUGUUUUCAGCAUUAGCAGACUACAUUCAUUCUACUGCCUACCUUUGGGACAAAAGACAGAUUAUCCUUUUCCUCUCUGCCUGUGAGACACUUGGCUUUCAGCCUACUGAGUUGCUGGAUGUUUUUGCUGAGAAGGUGACAGAAGACCCUGAUUUCCUUAACUUGAAAAACCUUUUGACUGUUCUUCGAGUGUAUUCACGACUCAACCAUGUUCCCAGAGUCCAAAAGCAUCUGUUUUUUGAGAUUCUUCAUAGCUGCUUGAACAAGUGUCUGCCUCAGAUUUCCAACAUAGAGCUGCUGAAGGCAGUGUAUUCACUGGGCAUCUUAGGAUAUCUUCCCCAGCGUGCCCUUGAUGAGCUGCUGCAAAAGGACAGCAAGGAUGAACUUGUACUGCCAGAUGAUCCUAAGGAACAAAACACAAUGAUGCUUCGCUGUGUGAAAACGUGUAUGGAACUUGACAGCCCUUCUUUCACAAAGCCUGCCUUUGUGCCGACUGAGAAUAUGUCCUCAUUAGUAUCUCUGAAUCUCAGAAAGGCUCAGGAGGCACUGAUAGAACUUCUGGGAGAUGAGAACAUGUUUCUGCAAAAUGUUCAGCUGCCAUACAAAUAUCAUAUUGAUUUUGAAAUCAGAAUGGAUUCAGACAGAAAGAAGGUGCUCCCCAUAACUGCAACAGAUGAUCAUCCUGACCCACGUGUUCAGAGGUUGGCUUUUCUGUUUGCUCCUGUGUCUGCCUUCUGUCUGGGUACAACACACCCCCAGGGGAAGCUGGCAAUGAAGAAGAGGCAUCUAAAUAAACUGGGCUAUCAUGUGAUUCUGAUCCAGAACAAGAAGUUUCAGGAAAUGAAAAAUGAAGAUGCAGUUGAGUUUUUGAAAAGAAAAAUUUAUUCAGAAGAUACUUUCUCUUUUCCUGAAGCAACUGUGCAGAAUAAUAAUUAAAAUAAACUAAGAGUUUUGUGUCUCCUGA